AGAAAGUGAUCCAAAUUAUAUUAAGAAAUUUUUUAUUGAUAUGCCAAACACAGUUGAAGAUAAUAAUUAAUCUAUAUAUGAGAACGUUUCAAAAUUGUAUAAGUUAAAUCCAAUUUAACAAAAAUAAAUGACUUAAGUAAGAAUUCCACUUGAUAACUUUAGAUCUUAUAAAACUUUUUUGACAUAUUCUUAUAAACUGAUGCUACUCUAUUAGAAAUCAAUCCACUUGGCAUUGAUUUACAAGAUGUUAGAUAAAAAGAUUGGAAAGAAGUUGAAGCUUCAAAACAUGGACUUAAUUAUAUUGCAUUAGACGGCAAUAUUGGAUGUAUGGUUAAUGGAGCAGGAUUAGCUAUGGCUACAAUGGAUUUAAUCAAAUAAUAUGAAGGAACUCCUGUUAAUUUCUUAGAUGUAGGUGGUAGAGCUACUGAUUAAGAAAUUGUAUCUGCUUUAAAAAUAAUGGAAAAAGAUUCUAAUGUUGAAGCUAUUUUAAUCAAUAUCUUUGCUGGAAUAUCAAGGUAAUUCAAUAAUUCAUAUCCUUAGGUGUGAUCAAAUUGUAUUGGGAUUACUUAAAGGAUUAUCUGAUUUAGGAAUGAAGAAACCUAUGAUUUUAAGAAUGAAAGGAACAAAAGUUGAUGAAGCUAAAAAAUUAAUUGAGGAAUCCGGAUUCAAUAUGAUGUUUACAGAAGAUUUAGAUGAAGCUGCUAAAAAAGCUGUAAGAAUGGCAGCUACUCUAAGAUUAGCCAAAGAGGCUAAUAUUAAUGUUAACCUAACAAGUUGA